UUAAGACACCAUUCCAGUGAGCAAUGAUCAAAGUCAAAUCUGCUAGUAAUCUUAGUCUGGAUAAAUGUGCUUUGCUUUAACAGAGAGCUGAGGAGAAGAAGGCUAGAAUUGCAGGAAUUUGCAACCCUGAUGAGAGGUUAAAGUAAGAAAAUUAUUCAAGAGUGGAGAAAGACAUUUAAUUGGACAGCGGAUUGCACCACAGUAUAUGAAUAUAUCUAUCAGAUUUUUUUGUCAUCAAAUUUAAAUUUUUAAAAAUUACACCAUCAUGGACAACAGGUACUUUUUUGAAAUGUACGAUCACCUUCAAAAACUGGAGACAAUAAGAAACAUCAGAGAGCUGAGGACUGGUCUGAUUUACCAAUGUUUUUCAAUCUCCUUUCUGAGCAACUUUUCAGAACAUGUGAAAACACUGGAAACCUGCCUUACAGACAUAGAGAAGAUUGCUUCAGAGAUGGACACAGUUAAGAAAAAUGUUAGCAUCACCAAUGUGGCAGGAGGCACUGUUGGUAUAGUGAGUGGUGCGCUGUGUAUCACUGGCCUGGCCUUGGCACCUGUGACACUUGGAGCCUCCACAGCACUCACUAUAGCAGGAGCUGCAGUUGGAGCAGCUGCAGGACUUGGAGGUGCAGCAGCAACCAUCACUGAGGUUACUCUCAAUAGAUCAGAUCAGAAAAAAAUUCAGGAAAUCCUAAACAAGUAUAAACAUACCAUAGCACGUAUUGAAGGAUGCAUUGGAAAAGAAGAAUUAGUUUUCAGAGAGGUUUCUGAAUUAAAUGAAGAAAAUUUAAUAGAGAAUAUCCAAGAAAGGAAUCAAAAUAUAGUUCAGAAUGAAAUUCCAUAUACCGAAUUAAGAGCUGGUGUUCAAAUUGCUGGAGCUGGAAGAGCUGUAGUAAACAUGGUAGAUGACAUUGUCUCUUUGAGCAGAAUGGGAGAUGUAGUGGGUGAUGUUGCACGUGUUGGAAUGAGAGGAGCAGGGCAAGGAGCAUUAAGAAUAGCUGGCGGAGUUGGUAGUGGUAUUUUUAUGGUUGUAGACCUUUACAGCAUCUGCAAAAACAGCAUUGCUCUGGCAAAAGGAAAAAAGAAUGAAACUGCUGAAAUCAUGAGGAAGAUAGUAGAGGAGCUGCGGUGUGAGCUGGAGACAUACAAACAACUUUAUGAUGUCCUGCAAAAUGGGAUGAAAGAUACAAUGAAAAAUAAGGCAGCCUUAGAAAAGGAUUUCAUCUUAGAGCGGUAAGCAUUUAGUUCUAUAAGAUGUUGAUAGUAUUUCCCAGAAUUGUCAAUGAUUAUCACUUAAUACCCCUUACACCCUGGGGGUAUUUUUCAGCAAUCUCCACCUAGUGGAAGGUACCCCAAAAUAAAGC